AUGGCAAACGGUCGUCAGAUCCUUGCACUGCAUAUUUGGGAUCGCAUCGUCGACCGCAACGAAUGUACCUUCGAGAUUGAGCGUCGGCUCACCCUCGAGAAGAUCAAGGCCGAUCACCUGCGCGUUCGCUACACUGAUCCGCUAAGCAAGAUGGCCAGAGAAGUGGGAAUCCUCAAAGUUCAGGACGACGACAAGCACAAGGUCGAGGCCGCUUUACCCCGGAUAAGUCUCCACUACUACGGAGCCAACGGGCAUUCGCGAGAAUUUGAUAUGGAGAGGGAGGCCACGCGUGGCUUCCAGAUAAACAGCCUGAUACAGCAGAGACCAGGCAUCCGCGUGUACAAGGAGGGUUUCACGACCGGCAAAACCUUCGGUAUCCUGACGAACAUACACUUCAGCAUGAAAGUGAAGCAGGAGGUCAGAGACAACCCCGACGAAAAGCUCAAGAUCAAGGAUCUCGGUAUUUCCUUGGAGAAAUUAUGGUGGCACGACAUGCACAAGUGGGCCGGCAUCGUUAACUGGAUCGCUGAAUGCACCCCGUUCGCCGCCCCGGGCGACAGUGGUGCUCUGGAAAACCGGAGCAUGUUCUUCGGCUUCGAGGCCUGGUUCGUGGAGGGGGAAUGCCACCAGCUCAAGUUGCACUUCUGA